CGUGCGGCUGAAAUGGACAUUCUGCCUGUUUCUCCCCAGCUGUCUCAUAAUCAUGUCAGAGAGCAGUGAACUCUAGAUGCUGCUUUCACCAGAAAACAAAGGGAAAGUACGGUACUAAUACCGCAUGGCAAAAAGCAAUUGCAAACUUGUGACUUGCACUUUUUCCUUAAAGGGAGAGCAUUUCGACAUGAGGAGCUGCAACCCAUGGACCUUUCUCCCCAUCAUGUUCUCUGUCUUCACAGCAGUGGGGCUCUGGGUUGUGUACUUUAUUGCUAUGGAGGAUGACAGAAUAGUUCCACUGAGUUCAGAAUACAGGCAAUCUGGUUCAAAAGCUCCGCCAUUCAUAAGCAAUGCAGGAAAUGCUCCCCCAGCCAGCUGUGUCUUCAGUCAAGUUGUCAACAUGGCUGCAUUUGUAGCAUUCAUCAUUGGAGUCCUCAGAUACCUGCAGCUGAAGCCCAAGGUGCAGAAGCCCUUUCUCAACAUUGGAGGCUUGGUGACAUUGUCACUAGCCUGCUUUGGAAUGACUUUGGUUGGCAAUUUCCAGCUUGCCAACGAUAAGGAGCUUCACAACUUUGGCACAUUAAUGACCUUUUUCCUGGGGUCCGUGUUCUGCUGGAUCCAGUCAAUCCUGACCCUAAAGAUCAACCUGUGCAAUGAAGGCUGGAGGGCAGGAAUCCCACGCUUCCUGCUGUCAGGCGCCAUCACCUUCUGCAUGCUGCUCUACUUUGCGUUGAAGGCGCAGCGCUUGCUCAUGCAUGCUGCUCGCACACAGUGGGCCUUGGUCAUGUUCUUCCUCUGCUACCUGGGUACCUUCGCCGUUGAGUUCCGUCACCACCGCUUCGAGAUUGUCUGCAGCGAUGACCAGGAACCCCAGAUCAGAGCUGAGAUGGAAGUUUCAGAAUUUCAGUCAGACCAGUUAUAGGGCUCUUCCUGCCUUUUAUUGUAAACUAGCAGAAUGUGGCAGCCUGACUGCUUUAGGUUUUCCACAUUGUUCUGGAAUUUCAGCUCUGCAUGUUUAAGUGUCUCUGAUACAUUCCUCCAGUGAUGAGGUAUAAAGGGCAAUAUAGGAGUUUUCACUACUUUAGCUCCAGUUUAUAAAGAAGUCUUCCUUGGAACAAGAGGCUCCCCAGAUUUCUUGUUCUGAAGGAAUCUUGCUCUGUAAAGUUUAUUACAUUGGAUUACAUUUUUUAUGUGGGAGGCAUGGUGGCGCAGCAGGUACUGCUGCCACCUCAGAGCACCCAGGCUGACUGGGUGUAGGUUCAAGUGUAGCUCAGUCUGUGUGAAGUUUGCAUGUCCUCCUCCUGGUUGUGU